CGAUUUGUAAUCCGGGAGCGUUUGACUCUAACGUUACUGCAUUUAUUUUCAUGUGAACAGUGUUAAGCAUAAAGACUGUAGAGGUGAGAAAUGUCACUCACAUGCUGUCAGAAGCUGAAGCAGUAUGGCCGAGCUCUUUCCUACAUAAGGACCUGCAUGCGUGCUAUAACUGUUCAGAGGCAUUACAGCCACCCUAGCACUGGAAAGUGUCCCAGGAGAGUGGUCAUCACUGGAAUUGGACUUGUGUCUCCUCUUGGAACAGGGACGUCUCUGCCUUGGCAGCGCCUGAUUGAUGGGCAGAGUGGCGUAGUUGCACUGGACCCUGCGGAGUACAAGACUGUGCCAUGUAAGGUCGCCGCACGAGUUCCAAGAGGAGAUGGUGACGGAGAUUUCAAGGAAGAAAGGUUCGUUGGACGAGGGGAGAUUAGCUGCAUGUCACCUGCCACUGUUAUGGCCCUUGGGGCUGCCCAGCUGGCUUUGGAGGAUUGUGGGUGGUAUCCCAAAAGCCCAGAGGAGCAGCUGAGCACGGGUGUGGCUGUAGGCAUGGGCAUGGUGUCCUUGGAGGAGAUUGCCCGCACUGCCACAGCCUUUGAGACUCGUGGGUACAGCAAGGUGAGCCCUUUCUUUGUCCCCCGCAUUCUAGUCAACAUGGCGGCAGGCCACAUCAGCAUCAAACACAAACUGAAGGGUCCCAACCAUGCUGUGUCCACUGCUUGCACCACAGGGGCUCAUGCCGUUGGUGACGCUGCUCGCUUCAUUGCCCAUGGGGAUGCUGAGGUAAUGGUAGCUGGUGGCACGGAGGCUUGUGUCUGCCCCCUGUCCAUAUCGGGAUUUGCACGGGCUCGGGCCCUCAGCACCAGCUGGAACCAACAGCCCAAGCUGGCCUCCCGACCCUUCCACCCAGAGAGAGAGGGUUUCGUGAUGGGUGAGGGGGCAGCGGUGCUGGUUUUGGAGGAGUAUGGACAUGCUGUGGAGAGAGGAGCCCGUGUGUAUGCUGAGGUGCUGGGCUACGGACUCUCGGGGGAUGCCAGUCACAUCACUGCACCAACUGCUGAUGGAGAUGGAGCUUUCAGGUGCAUGUCUGCUGCCCUCCGCAAUGCUGGCGUUUCGCCCUCAGAUGUGACGUACGUGAACGCCCAUGCCACCUCCACACCACUGGGAGACGCUGCAGAAAAUGCCGCCAUCAAGAGACUCUUCCAGCAACAUUCACAGUCCCUCGCUGUUUCGUCCACCAAAGGGGCCACCGGGCAUCUCCUAGGAGCUGCUGGUGCUUUGGAGGCAGCUUUCACAGCAUUGGCCUGUUACCAUGGCACCCUGCCUCCAACUCUCAAUCUGGACCACACUGAGCCGGAGUUUGACCUCAACUAUGUGCCCUGUGUUUCACAGCCCUGGAGCACGCAGGGCAGGAGAAUCGCCCUCACUAACUCUUUUGGGUUCGGUGGCACAAAUGCUUCUCUGUGUCUGGCCAGCGUGUGAGAUGAUGGUCUGUUUUGUUGUCUUACACUAAGAUUGAUCAGGCAUCAGUGAUUCACUGAGGACUAUUGGAUGUGUUCCACCUCAGUAAUUUCUUUGGUUGAAUUAUUCAAUGUGAUGAUUCUCCAGCUGAUUGGAACUGCAAUUGGGUGAGACUGAUAUAAAUUCAGUAUCACAAUAUUUUCCAAGUACAUCAUGGUUUCAUAUGAUAUUUAAGUUACUGUUAAUAAAAUCCAUUUCUCCUGCGAACUGAAA